AGUCCGCCCCUCGGUGCUUUCUCUUUCUCCUUCAUUCACUCUGCCCUAUUGCGUGAGACCCACACCGUUCUGAAACUCCGUGCAUCGCCCUGCAAACAAGAGUCAUGUCAGACAAAGGAGGAGAGAAGGCGAGACUGGUGAGGAAGGAGGAGGCGAGUCCAGCAUCACAGGCCAUUCAGAACAAAGGAGUUCCCUGUGCACCAUGUUGCCACAAGGUCGCCAUGGCGGUUCCUCCUGCAUACUCGGACCUGGGAAAAGCCGCCAAAGACAUCUUCGGCAAGGGCUAUGGCUUUGGAAUCGUGAAACUGGACCUAAAGACAAAGGCCCAGAGUGGAGUUGAGUUUUCAACCUCAGGCUCCAGUAACACAGACACAGGGAAGGCAGCAGGUAACCUGGAGACCAAGUACAAGGUGAAGGAGCUGGGCCUGAGCUUCACCCAGAAAUGGAACACAGACAACACCCUGGCCACAGAGGUCUCCAUGGAGGACCAGCUGGCUAAGGGCUUGAAGCUGGGCCUGGACAUGUCGUUUGUGCCCAACACCGGUAAGAAGAGUGCCAAGCUGAAGACUGGCUACAAGCGUGACUUCAUCAACUUGGGCUGUGACCUGGACUUUGACAUGGCCAGCCCCACGGUCCACGCUGCUGCUGUGCUGGGCUACGAGGGCUGGCUGGCCGGGUACCAGAUGGCUUUCGACACAUCCAAGUCUAAACUGGCCCAGAACAACUUUGCCUUGGGAUACAAGGCUGGGGACUUCCAGCUCCACACCAACGUUAAUGAUGGUACAGAGUUCGGCGGCUCCAUCUACCAGAAGGUGAACUGCCACCUGGAAACAGCCAUCAACCUGGCCUGGACGGCCGGCAGCAACAACACACGCUUCGGCAUCGGAGCCAAAUAUCAGCUGGACAAGGACGCUUCCCUGUCUGCCAAAGUCAAUAACGCCAGUCUAAUUGGAGUCGGCUACACACAAGCCCUCCGGCCAGGAGUGAAGCUGACUCUCUCAGCUCUGAUCGAUGCGAAAAACUUCAAUGCAGGCGGUCACAAGGUUGGCAUGGGCUUUGAGCUGGAGGCAUAAGGAUGGAGGGAAGAGAAGUGGAUGAAAGAAAAGGAAAAGAGCCUCAAUGACACCUGACACAUCUCCACCUCUGUAUGCCACACACACACACCUCCCAAGUCUUUUGGCCAUAACCCUGCAGCCCUUGGCACCCUCUGAGACCUCCAGUACUGUUGAAGCCAGUUGUUUUUUUGGGUUCACCAUCUCUCUAUCAUCUCCUUAGCAAUACCAGUACAAACCCUAUUCACCAGAUAGUAUACUACUUAUGACUACUUCAUAUAGGGCUCUGGUCCAAAGUGGUGUAAUAUAUAGUCACAAGUCAACCUUGUGUUCCACUUCCUCCCCAAAAGCAGACAUUUCUCCUUUUCUUUGUGAGAUGGGAUCGUAGGCACCUUUUUAGUAGGGUUUUAUUGUGUGGUAUAAUUUCACUUUGCCUGAGAUCAUGUAUUUCAUUUUGACUUGAAUGAGAUUGACAGACUUUGUCUAUCAAAGCCAGUAGGGACUUGUUUUGAAGGAACAAUUUAUUUUUAAAUUUCAUGUUCCCCUGUCCCAGACAUAUAUAUAUAUAUAUAUAUAUAUAUACACACACACACAUCUUUCUGUGGGCAGAUGAUCACUUUCAGUGGCAAACGAGCAUACUGGAAUAAAAUGGGUAGUUUAGAACUCUAUUCAAAAUGGGGGACUGGUUGAUUUUCUUUUUCCAAAUUCUCUUCUUGUGGUUGAGUUUUGAGAAGACAGAGGCAUGUGUGGGUAUUUUCAAAACCUGUCAUGUUUAUUUUUUUGUCUUUUCAUCUUUUAAUUCUAUCUACCACAUUAUGUUGUGUCUGUGCUUGGAAGAGGGACGGUUGUUGAUAGGUGAAACCUCAAACUGACUUUAAGGAAUAAAGAAGAUUGUCAAACA